CAUAAUGGAAACAACCCCAAUCACCACCGACAAUACGUUUUGCUAAGAGAUAAGGCUCAGGGUAGUAAUUCUGCUGCUUCGCCGCUUAUUUUGUCCGAAAUGUCUGGUAACCCACAAUCCCCACAACUUCAAGGACAACCAAGUCAGUUGUCACUGAACCAGGGGAAGCCAAAACCAUAUCUACGCAAACAAGCCUCAGCCAAGUACGUUUUCUCCGUUGACGAUAACGAAGAUGAAAUUGAGGAAGAUCUCACUAGGGAAUACCUAGAAGGCUAUGGAGAUGCCCUCAGACAAAGAUUCAAAUCAUCAUUGCAAUCUCCUUCUGCUCCUCCUGAGGCAACCAACAAUGCAGUCCAAGACAAGAAGAAAGAAUUGGAGCACGACGUGAUGAAUAACCUCCAACAAGCUAGUAAGAACUUGAAAGACUUGAAAGAUCUGGAAGUGGAUUCUAUACACAAAUCCCAGGAGAAUUAUGAUGACUAUGGUGAAGAAUAUCCACAAGGGUCAAGUAACAAUACAUACAGAAACGUCAGCGACUCGAAAGAACCCGUAACUUCUGCCAAAGAAGGUAAGAACGUUAGUAAUAAUGCUCCUGAUGACGACGUUGAUGAUAAUGCUUCCAUGCUCUCCAAUGAAUCAUUCACUUUGAAAGAAAGACAGGUUGCAAUCAAUGAAACACAUCCCUUUGGUAUCAGAAUCUGGAAACCUGCAAUUUAUAAAAAAGACAGAAGUGUUCAAAAAGAAGCAGAGUUGGAUAUUCAUGCUAUUCCGGGGGCAAAACCUAAAAUCAGCUAUUCUGUUGGUUUUUUCAAUAUAAUUUGGGCAUGUACAUUUGGACUUGUGCUAUACUUAACCUGUAUGCUUCUAGGAACAGUGACUUUUUUCUUUUCCAUGUUUUGCAACCCAAGAACAAAUGACUCUGUCAAGUACGCUAAAUUUUAUUGGAACUUAGGUUCUUACUUGCUAUAUCCGUUUGGGAAAAUUGUUAUUCUAAAAUCAGACAAAAAUUAUAUCAACGAGGACGCUAACGUUGGCAGUUCAAUUGAUGAAUUUGCCAGGUGGAGGACACAGAAUCAAGGAAAGUUGUUCUUUUCUGCUCCUAACGCAUAUCAGCUUCAUUUACACAAACCUGAUCCUGACAAUGCCGAAAAUGUUCCUUCUCCGAUGGUUGGGACUGCACCUACAGUACCAGAAACCACUGUUUCUGAUUUGACUGACGAUGAUGAGCUAAACACCACUUUUUACAAAAAACGUUUCUUUGGUAGAGGUGAUUGGAAUAUCGGUCGUGUGGUGUUCUACGUUCAAUACUACUUGAUACUGGUGCCAAUUGGAAUUGUUUUCAGUUUUAUUACCUGGCUUUCUGCUUUUUGUAUUCCAAUGACGAAAGUGUUGACGAUCAUGGCUAGCCAUAUCAGACGCCAUCCGUUGGCACUAUCUUUCGAAGAUGAAAAUCAAUAUUAUAGAAGACAAUUGGCAAACCCUCAAAUGCGUAAGAAUGAAUCAUUUUUGAUUCUUACUUAUCGUUCAUUUGGGUUCCAUUAUUACAAAUAUACUGUUGAUGGAACCAACAUUUUCUUUAUCAAUUUGAACUUUCUUGUCAUUUUCACGAUCGUAGACUUUUACUUCCUUAAGAGCAAGUUUCAUUGGAUCAAUCCAUUAACAGACUCCACGGUAAUUUUUGGCUUAUGCUUAGUUUCAAUUAUUCCAUUGGCUUACUUCAUAGGACAAGCUGUUGCAUCUAUUUCGGCACAAACUUCUAUGGGAGUAGGUGCUGUUAUAAAUGCGUUUUUCUCAACCAUUGUCGAAGUUUAUCUUUAUUGUAUUGCACUAGACCAAUCCAAGGCAAAAUUGGUAGAAGGUUCAUUAAUUGGAUCAAUUCUUGGAGGUGUCCUCCUUCUUCCUGGUGGCUCAAUGUGUUUUGGUGCUAUUAGAAGAAAAACACAAAGAUAUAAUCCUGCUUCUGCAGGAGUUUCUUCAACAAUGUUACUAUAUGCAAUUUUGGUCAUGUUGUCACCAACCAUUUUAUAUGAGAUCUAUGGUGAAUACAAAGUUCGCUGUCAAGCUUGCGAUCUUUCCUCUGGUGAGGAUUGUAGAAACUGUCAUUAUUAUCAGCCUUCCGUUGUCAUUGAUCCGCUUUACAUUAAUCACUUGAGACCUUUUACAAUCAUCUGUGCUUUGAGUUUGUUUUUGGUCUAUUGCAUUUGUUUAUUAUUCACCUUGAAAACACAUGCUGCACUGAUUUGGUCAAAUCCAAUAACUUCGAAGGAGAAGAAGCUGGAUUAUACUCCUGGAGUUGCCCCUGCUCCGACAUCUGAAAUUCAAAGUGUGACAUCAUUCAAUUUGAAUGACCAAAAUACAACUUUGAACAGUUUGAGACCAGUUAACCAGAAUGCUAAUAGUCAAAUAUCCAAGACUGAAUCCUCCACUCCUCCACAGCAAAAUAUACCUCCUCAAAAGCUUCAAUCACAACCACCAGCGGUAGAGCCAUCUGGCGGGCAUGAUGCACCAAAUUGGUCACGUACCAAAUCUACAACAAUCCUUCUUACUGCAACACUUAUGUAUGCGAUCAUUGCAGAAAUAUUGGUUGAUUGUGUUGAUGAUGUUUUGAAAUCGAUUGCAAUUAAUCCCAAAUUUUUGGGUUUGACCAUUUUUGCGCUUGUUCCAAAUACCACUGAGUUUGUGAACGCUUUCUCUUUUGCAAUACAUGGAAACGUUGCAUUAAGUAUGGAGAUUGGUAGUGCAUAUGCCCUACAAGUUUGUUUAUUACAAAUUCCUAUUGUCAUGUUGUAUUCGGUUUGGAACUUCAGUAAAGCUUAUACAGAUAUCGACAAAAUCUUCUCCCUAAUUUUUCCACAUUGGGACUUCAUAGCAUCUUUGCUUGGGGUUUACAUGUUCACUUACAUUUACACCGAAGGUAAAAGUAACUAUUUCAAAGGCUCCAUUUUGAUCUUCUUGUAUCUGGUCUUGAUCAGUGGGUUUUAUUUUGCCCUCAAAAUUGACAGUGAAAGCCUUGCAGAUUUUGAAACAUUG